AUGGCAUGCCUUAAACCCUUCGAGCAGCUCGCGAAGUUUGCAGCAAGCCAAUGCCGUCAAGUGCCAGGAUAUCAGCCGAUGAAACUACCCAGCAAAUUUGACAACAUAGUGAUUGCGAUGUCAUCUGGUGUUGACUCUUCGGUAGCCGCUGCUAUGUUUUCUGGCUUUCCAAAUGCGUGCGGAAUCUAUAUGCAAAACUGGACAGAAACAAGAUCUGAACGGGAACCAUGCCAUGAACGAGACUGGAAGGAUGUACAGAAAGUGGGAGCACAUCUGAAUCUGCCGGUUGAAAAAGUCAACUUUGAGCAGGACUACUGGCUAGAUGUUUUCGAGCCUAUGUUGCGCGAUUAUGAGCAAGGCGUUACACCUAACCCCGAUAUCGGGUGCAACCGAUUUAUAAAGUUCGGAAAGCUACGGGCACAUCUUGAUGCCUCGCUAGGGACUGGUAACUACUGGCUAGUCACAGGCCAUUACUCGCGUGUGCUUCAAACCGAGUCGAAAGCUUUGGGCCUUAACUCGUGGCACUUGCUACGUGCGUUUUACGCGCCCAAAGAUCAAAGCUAUUACCUUUCACAAGUGCCGUCUGCAGCAUUACCGGCACUGUGCUUGCCAAUGGGAGUGUUGACAAAGCCUGAAGUUCGUGAGAUGGCCCAUGAUUUAAGGCUUCCCACUGCACAUAAGCCAGAUUCACAAGGAAUAUGUUUUGUUGCCAACUCACAACAUGGGAAGAUCAGCCGAUUUUUAGAGCAGUAUAUUCCUAGCCAUGCUGGCGAGAUAAUCACGCUGGACCCGAUAACAGGCGAGCGCACGGAAUGGGGCCGCCAUACGGGUCUUUGGAACUAUACCAUUGGCCAGAAAGUCGGGAUUUCUAUGCCCCAGGGCGAUCCGCGCUACCAAGGUGCUUGGUUUGUUGCAGACAAACGCGUAGACACAAACGAAAUUGUGAUUUGCAAAGGCCGCGACAAUCCUUCUUUAUACAAAAACCGAGUUGUUCUCAAAGACUUCUCACCUCUCGGCAACUUGAACGAUGUGCAAGAAGCGGUUAAAAAUAAUCUCGCCGGCGGGGCAAUACACAUUCAAUACCGCUCUCUUCAGGAGCCAGCGAAGGUUUCAAGAUGUUGCUGGGAGACCACUGAGGCGGGUGAGUCGCGGCUCGUUAUGACCUUAGAACAAAAACAGAGGGCCAUGGCGCCCGGCCAAUACUGUACCAUAUACCACAAGGAAAGAAUAUUGGGAAGCGGCACAAUCCUAGCUUCCGAUGCAGUGGAAGCGAAUAAGUAA